AUGCCCCCCUUCCUCCCCUCGCUGCCCCUCCCAGCCCUAACCCUAUCCCUACCCCUGCCCCCCGCCCCCAGGGAGCAGCAGGAACCGGCGCCGUCUGGGAGGCAGCCGGAGACGGAGGAGACAGAGGAGGCAGGGUCUGGGGCAGGCCUGGAGGGAAUGCUCGCCAGGCUGCGGAGAGAGAGGGAGCGUGCGCGGCCACCGCCACGCAGCAAGAAUCAAGCGGGAGGGCGAGGUCAAAAUGGCGCUUUAAUGAACCAUAAUGGAGCUCCUAGUCGAAGUCCAACUAAUGGCAUGUACACUCGAAGGAUACCUGUGAAUGGAAAUAUACACCGCUCUCAUUCUCAAAAUGGAAUACCAGAGGACAACAAAUCAAGUAGUUCGGCCAAUGAUGCAUGGCGAACAUGGUCUCUUGACAAGAGUCGGUUUUCUGAUUUUGAAGCCGCUGAGAUCCAUCCUUUGAGCAGAAAACCACCAAAACAUGUUGACCUGAACACUGUGUUGAUAGAAGAUGAUGUUCCUGGACCAUCUAAUGGUGUGGUUAUAAAUGAUUAUCCUAGUGAUCAUGUAGACUCUGAAAGAGAUGAGAUACAUGCACGUUUUCAAAAUUUGGAAUUCGAUCUUGCAGAUUCUCUUAAGACAUUAAGAUCAAGAUUUGAUGGAGUUUCGUCAUAUAUGUCAAAUGGCGAAGAAGCAGAUGUGGUAAAUGGGUUCUCUGAUGAUUGGGAAUUUGAAGAGACAAAAGUAAUGCAUGCCCAGGAAGAAUUACGGACAAUCCGUGCUAAAAUAGCAGUAUUAGAAGGCAAGGUGGCGCUAGAAAUAAUUGAGAAGAACAAAAUAAUUGAAGAAAAGCAAACGAGGCUUGAUGAAGUUGAGAAGGCUUUGAGUGAGCUCCGCACAGUAUCUGUUGUAUGGCCCAAUCCUGCUUCAGAAGUUCUAUUGACCGGUUCUUUUGAUGGGUGGACAAGCCAAAGAAGGAUGGAACAAUCAGAAAGCGGCAUUUUUUCGUAUAACCUGAGGUUGUAUCCCGGUAGAUAUGAGAUUAAAUUUAUUGUUGAUGGUGUUUGGAAGAACGACCCGCUGCGCCCUAGCGUGAACAACCAUGGGAACGAAAACAACCUUAUGAUUGUCACUUGA